UGCUGCUGCUGCUGCUGCUACUACUGCUACUGCUGCUGCUACGGCUGCUGCUGCUGCUGCUUGGACCAAACAUCACAACAAGAUGUCAUCAGGUCUGCUCGUCUUGUUGCUCCUUUGUGGAUUGGGGAUCGGAGGAAAUAUAUUUUGUGAUGCACAAAUAGUUGAAUGCCCUCCUACAUGGACUUUGUAUCAAGUAUAUUGUUACCAGUACGAGAAUACUGAAAUGACCUGGUAUGAUGCUGAGCAAUACUGUGUUGACCACGAUGGACAUUUGGCCUCCUUUCAUGACAAAGAUCAGUAUGACUUCAUCAGGAGACUCAUUGUGGAAGCUACCGGAACCAACACAAAAUGUUGGGUUGGAGGCAUCAAGAGGUUUCCAAAUGAAAACACCUCAUCUCCGCUUCCAGAGAUGCCUGUGUGGAUGUGGAGCGAUGGCUCAAAUUUCUCCUUCACUCAAUGGGCCAAUGGGAAACCAAACAACUUGGGUGGACAUGCGCCCUGCAUGGAUAUCAACAGGAAUGGAGAAGAUUACGUCGAUGAUGAUGAGUGCGUCCUAAAAAAUGCUUUUGUUUGCGCUAAAGAUGCAUAA